GCCGCUGGGGAAGCGUGUGCAACUACGGCUUCGGAAUGGAAGACGCCACAGUUGUCUGCAGGCAGUGGGGCUACCCUCGCGGAGCAAUCACAGUAAGGUACUUCGAAGAGAGGUACGGUCAUAGCAAUGGUCCUUGGGUGCUCUCCUCCGUGAAAUGCACAGGCACUGAGGCGAAACUGACCGACUGCCCGGCUGGCCCCUGGGGGUAUACCAGGUGUAGCCGCAACAGAGAAGCCGGUGUUAUGUGCAAAGCCAAUCCCAAAGAGAACGAUAUCCGUCUUAUGAGCGCCUUCCCCACGUUGACCCGGUUGGGCCGUCUCGAAGUCUAUCACGAAGGCACGUGGGGCAACGUGUGCAACCAAGAUGACUUCGAUUUGCAAUCCGCCAGCGUUGCCUGCAAGCAGUGGGGCUUUCGCUAUGGUGCUUACGCAAUAAUUCAAUCAUUAGGGCGUUAUGGAAGUGGAAGUGGCCGUUUCUGGCUCUCCACCGUGAGAUGCGUAGGCACUGAGGCGAAACUGGCCGACUGCCCGGCUGACCCCUGGGGGCAAAACCAGUGCUCCCGCGACCAAACAACCGGUAUUAUAUGCAGAGGAGAUCGCGGCGGACAGGUAACUUCAAGGGGGCUUUAUAACAUGACAGAAGAGGAAGAAGAAGAAGCCUAUGCCGAGAAGGACGAAGAUUUUUUGCAGUAUCUCAAGGAAGAAGAAGAAGCCUAUGCCGAGAAGGACGAAGAUUUUUUGCAGAAUCUCAAGGAAGAAGAAGAAGCCUAUGCCGAGAAGGACGAAGAUUUUUUGCAGUAUCUCAAGGAAGAAGAAGCCUAUGCCGAGAAGGACGAAGAUUUUUUGCAGAAUCUCAAGGAAGAAGAAGCCUAUGCCGAGAAGGACGAAGAUUUUUUGCAGAAUCUCAAGGAAGAAGAAGAAGCCUAUGCCGAGAAGGACGAAGAUUUUUUGCAGUAUCUCAAGGAAGAAGAAGCCUAUGCCGAGAAGGACGAAGAUUUUUUGCAGAAUCUCAAGGAAGAAGAAGCCUAUGCCGAGAAGGACGAAGAUUUUUUGCAGAAUCUCAAGGAGGAAGAAGAAGCCUAUGCCGAGAAGGACGAAGAUUUUUUGCAGAAUCUCAAGGAAGAAGAAGCCUAUGCCGAGAAGGACGAAGAUUUUUUGCAGAAUCUCAAGGAGGAAGAAGAAGCCUAUGCCGAGAAGGACGAAGAUUUUUUGCAGAAUCUCAAGGAAGAAGAAGAAGCCUAUCAAGAGAAGAAAGAGCUCGAGCUCGUGGCUGAGAUCCUGGCUCAACUCGAGGACAAUUAAAUGACAACAGAGCAUCCCCCGCUAGGGAAACUUCCGUGGAAAGAUGGGACAGAAGGGAAUAUGUCAGAAUAUGCGCCGAAAUUCUACGUUCCCUGUUUAAAAUUAUUAUAGCAUACAUUUAACUCUCUUGUUGUUUUUGGCAUUCUUCCUCUUCUUCUUCUUCUUUAGGUGCAUGUUGAAUUGCUAUAAAGUUUAAAAAAAAAAAAACAUUUCUUAAUUAUUUCUUAAAUGACAACAGAGCAUUUCCCCGCUAUGGAAACUUCCAGGUAUAGAGGCCGGGAGAGAAGGGAAUAUGUCAGACUAUGCGCCGAAAUUAUACGUUCCCUGAACUAUCUUGUUGUUUUUGUCAUGCUUCUUCUUCUUCUUCUUUAGGUGCAUGUAGCAAUACUAAGAAGUUUUUAAAUUCUAUUAAUUGAUUAUGGGUAAAAUAAACUUCAUGGGCAAUAAAAUAA